AUGUCAAAGGUUCUCGUCACAGGAGGCACUGGCUUCAUUGCCGGCCACACCAUCCAGCAACUAUUGCAGAAAGGGUACAAGGUAGUGACCACAGUCCGAAGCGAUGACAAAGGUGACAAGCUACUCAACGCCCAUGCACCGUGGUCGAAGAACAACUUAUCCUACACCAUCGUCAAGGACGUUACGCAAAAGGGAGCAUUCGAUGAGGCCAUCAAAACCACACCUGACCUCGAUUACGUGAUUCACACCGCCUCUCCCUACCACUACGACGUCUCCGAUCCGGUCGCCAAUUUCCUCGAGCCCGCCAUCACGGGCACUACCUCGAUCCUGCAGGCUCUGCAUGCACAUUCUACCACUAUUAAACGUGUCGUGCUACUGUCGUCCUUCGCCGCAAUGCGCAAUGACGCCAACCCGCCGCCUGCCUAUGACGAAAGCUCCUGGAACCCCGUGACUUGGGAUGAGGCUGCGACCAACACCAAGAAGACGUACCAAGGCAGCAAGACCCUCUCGGAACGCGCCGCAUGGGACUUCAUCCGGGAGCAAAAGCCCCAGUUCGACCUCGUCGCCAUCAACCCAACCCUCGUUUUCGGGCCUAUUGCCCCGCACCUCAGGCGCGCCGACCUCCCUGCGGGCCUCAACACCAGCAACCAGCGCAUUUUCAAUAUGCUCUCCGGCGCGAUGCAUGACGGGCUCGAACCCACGGGUUUCUACACCUUCGUGGACGUGCGUGACGUUGCGGCGGCACACGUGGCAGCCUUGGAGCUGCCGAGGGUUGCUGCGCGGCAGGAGAGCAGGUGUUUGAUGAUCGCGGGGCAUUUCUCGAACGUGGAGAUUGCGCGCGUGGUGCAGGAGAUGAUGGGGAAGGACGAGCGAAUGAAGGCGCUACCGGAGACGCUGCCAGAGAAGGAUGAUUUGCCGCCGCUGGAUCAGAGGUAUCGAUGGGAUUGUAGCCGGAGUCAGGACAUGUUUGGGGUGAGGUACCGGGGACUCGAGGAGUGCGUGAGGAAUACGGUGGAGAGCUUGAGGCGGGGACUUGCUGAGUAG